CAAGCCGGAAUAUCCUCAUUCGUUAACGCGUGGGCCCUGAUUAGCGUAGGAGGGAUAUUUUAGUACCCAAGCCGUCGCAUUGUUUGAUUUUGAAUGAAUGGACUUGAAUAUUAGCGUGAACCUCAAAAGUUUUCGCAUUUGCUCGCCGAACGUACUAUCGAGCGUUUCGAAGUAUCUGUUACUGGUGAACCUCACCAGACUUCGUCACAUAGAACUGAAGUUGUCCGUGGUUAUUAGUAGCAAGGUAAGGGACCGAUAUUGUUCGGAGUCUUUCGGACCGAUGAUUUUGAUUGAGUAUAUGGUUUUUACUACACACAUGAUCACGCGAACGCUAAGCUAUGACUCAACACUAAUUCUAACUUGUCUCCGCUUGCAGUGCGUUGAAGAAAUUGACUAUGUCUGUUAGUAGUCUUCUUCUGGAAAGCUUUGGUACCACCUUCGAUCCUCUUCAACCAUUGCUGUUCAAAGAUUUUGGCGACGAUUCAGAAGAUUUGAAAUCAAAGAGUAAAGAAGCAACCGAUGACUUAUGGAAGAAUUUUUCAUUUCCGCCGACGCCACCGAUCUCUCCGGCUUGCUCGCCCCCGCACGCGGCGACCGAAGAGGCAAGAGAGCAGCCAGUUUGCUUCGGCGUGGCAGAUGAGGCAUUUUCUCUGGACGAAGAAUGCUCGCUGUACUUCCAAGCCGGUGACCUAAAAGAUAUAUUGAUUAAAGAUUGCAUGUGGAACGGCGCUGCUUUCGAUAAGAAUGCGGACAGGAAGCAGCAUCGAUCGAAUUCAAAAACGGAUCGAGUUCGUUUGUUGUGCCAGACACCGCCACUGAGUGAAUCUGCGGCAAGGAUUUUGAGUGUGGAUCCCUCAGAAAUCUUUCCUUUUCCUCUGAGUGCAAGCCCUGGAAGCGAACUGCGAGAAAACAUCGAUGAGCAAUCGGAUUCCGGUAAAUACAACCACUGAUUGGAUAAAUAAUAGAUGCUGAGUUGCUGCGGCUGAUUAAGUCUGUUCUCCAUGUUCGCCGGUCUUUGACUUUAGUUGUCACUGACCCGUUUUUCCUGUUCAUUGCCACAAUUUUUUUAUGUGUGCCCCCACGUUCCAAGGUCGCAACUUUUCUUAUAUACUUCUUGUAAAUGUUUUCUUAUGUCCCGAAAAUAGCGUUAAAUUAUUUUCUUACAUUCAUGUUUGUUUUUGCAAACUUUAUAGAAGAAGAGGAAGUCGAAAUUGAUGUGGUUACUAUAGAAAAUUCAAGCAAACGAGAGCAGGAAGCCGAUGAAGUUAUUGAAACUGAAAGUGUGGAAAUUUGCACUAGAAUCGAAGAACCGGUCCCAAGUGAAAGCUGCUCUGAAGUAUCAAGUUCAGAAUUGCGAACGGAAGACCCAGAGGAAGACGAGAAAACUGAAUAUGUGGGCAAGAUAAGAACACGUCGGCAUAGAAAAGUGUUAUCCAGCGACGGAUUGAAUUACCGCGAGGGAAAGAAACUUGUUAAGAAUAUCAGCAGCUCUGGAGAAAGCGAUGAGUCUGAGAACGACAGUGAAUUCACACGAGCGACACAUAACGUAUUGGAGCGAAAGAGAAGGAACGAUUUAAAAAUGAAGUUUCAAAAAUUACGAGACUGCGUUCCGGAAUUGAAGGACAAUGACCGCGCACCCAAAGUCUCCAUUUUGCGGAAGUCUUGGGAGUAUAUAAGUCACAUCAAACAAGAAGAAAGUAAACUCCUGACCGAGCUGGAAAAACAAAAGAAAGUUAACGCUAUGUUGUUGAAAAAGCUACUGGCUUUGAAUCAAGCGAACUAGAGACUUUUAAUAGCGGGACGUAAUGUUUUUAAGCCAUUUUAUCGACUUCCUACAGAGUUUUUUUUUUAAGUACCUGACUUGUGGUGACGAGUUUUUUGAAAAUGUUCAUUUGGUUUUCCUAUUCCCACUUGCGCUUGAGUCGUCGAAGCGUAAAUUAUGAUGAAUGACCAAUUUUGCUGUGCAAUAUUAGUGACGCGAUAUUUUUCAGAGAGAAUUGAGGACACACUUUAGCAAAGCUGUAGUGGCCAAACUCAACCGUGUAGAACUCAGUUCGAGUUAAUCUUGAAGAUAGAAACUGAUUGUAAAUAGGGUUAUAAUUGUGCUGUUUCAUUGCGAACAGCUUUGAAACCGGCUUUGUGCACGCUUGACAAAGGCAUUAGAAUUUCACGAAAAUUUUCGAUCAGUCUGAUGUAGAUUUAGAAAACACGAUUUGAGAUAGAAAGUACUUUUCAAAUCAAAAAUAAAAAUAAAGUCUUAACUAUACUCUGUUUAUUGAAUGUUUCGCUAAACAUCGGCGUAAAACGAUGGCGUUUUUGUCGAGGAAACAUCGAAACAGCGUGUUCUUUGUUUGGCUGAAACUACUAUUCCAUUCAAACGGAGUGACACUCCUCGAAUGAAUGACCACCGCAUUUGCAUUUUCAUGUUGACUUUAGCCAGGCUUAGACUAAACUGCAUAAAUUACAAAUCCAU